AUGAAGGAGUAUGGUUGCCACGUGACUUUGGGCUUGUCCCUCCUAACCCACAACCUAGCCCACGAAGCUAUUAGAGAAAUAUUCAUUGCUGCUCUGGAGUUGAGGGAGAAGAGGACUGUUAGGCAAAUAAAGGGGCAGAGAACUACACAGAAUCGGAUUGAGGAGGUGCAAGAGGAAGAGCCAGAGCCAGAGCCAGAGCCGGAGGAGGAAGAGCCAGACCCACAGAAGGAAGAGCCAAAGAGAAAGAAAAUACGGUGGAACAAAUUAAGGAAUAGGCCGAAGAGGCGUAGGCACUGA